AAAGGUUAUGUUGCAGAGAAGGGCAGCAAAGGGGAGCUGGGUGAGUGGGGUGAUCUUGGCGAGCAGGGACCUCAUGGAAUCAAAGGAACAAAAGGAGAGAAGGGAAAAAAGGGACAGAAGGGCCUAGCAGGGGUAGUAGGAUAUAUUGGGCCACCUGGACCAAGAGGACCUCGGGGAUUUAUGGGGCCACCUGGUCAACCUGGACAGAUAGGGGAGCCUGGGUUCACUGGAUCACCAGGACCACCAGGUCUUAUGGGUCCAGCGGGGUUGAAGGGAGUUCCAGGCGUCAACGGACCCCCUGGACAGCUUGGUGAGAUGGGGCCAAGGGGACCACUUGGCAAACCAGGAGAGGAAGGGUCUGAUGGUAUUAUCGGUAUUCCUGGUGUUCCUGGACCCCAGGGAAAACUAGGGGGUGAUGGACCACCAGGUCAGAAAGGAGACUCUGGAGAUGUGGGAAUCGAAGGAGACAUUGGGAGUCCAGGACCACCGGGUCUAAAAGGUGCCAGUGGAAAACCAGGAAAACACGGACCCUCAGGUGAUCCAGGCUUGAAAGCACAGCAUGGAAAGAAAGGAGAUUCUGGCCAAAAGGGAGAUCUAGGUCCUCCGGGGAUGCCAGGGAAACAGGGAUUCAGAGGCAGAGGAGGGCAGUCUGGUGUACAGGGAGAGAUUGGCCCUUCUGGACCUGCUGGUUCACCAGGGCCCACGGGAUAUGAUGGAUCUGUUGGAGAUCUGGGGAGACAGGGAAAUGAUGGAUCUAAGGGAGAGAGAGGCCACCCUGGUAUCCAAGGUGCUUCUGGACUGAGAGGAGACAAGGGUCAGACUGGCCAAGGGGGAUUCGUUGGUUUUCCAGGACCUUUGGGGGAGAUGGGAAAAUCUGGAGAACCAGGGCCUGAAGGAGAGCCCGGUAUUAAGGGCCGACCAGGAGUCCCUGGAGGAACCGGGUUUAAAGGUCACAAGGGACAUCAGGGUGUUUCAGGGAGCAGAGGACAGGACGGCAUUCACGGUGCAUCUGGAUCGAUUGGACCAUCAGGAUCAGAUGGAGAUAAAGGACCUCAGGGUCCCCAAGGUUUACAGGGAAGGCCUGGUGCACCAGGAGUCCAAGGUCCCGUUGGAAAAAGCGGGGAACCAGGGAGCCUGGGCCUCACUGGCAAACCCGGAAAGCCUGGAAUCAGAGGUGUUAAAGGCAGAGAGGGUUCAGUAGGGCUUUACGGCAGUCCUGGAGAGAAGGGGAAAAGUGGUGCUGAGGGGCCCAAAGGAAAUCCCGGUCAGCAAGGUCUUCGAGGCCUACCAGGAGAGAAGGGCUACAGAGGACCUGCUGGCCCACAGGGAAACAUAGGGCAGUGGGGUGAAACAGGUCUGCGGGGGCCUGUAGGAAAUCAAGGGCCAAGAGGGCCACCGGGGCCACAUGGAGUGGCUGGGUACCCAGGUAAAGAUGGACCACCUGGACCCAUUGGACCUCCAGCAGAUAAAGGUGACAAGGGACUGAGAGGAGCCAGUGGACUGAAGGGAGCUGCUGGUAUCGAUGGUGAGGAGGGCUCAAUGGGUGAAACUGGGCCAGUCGGACCAGCAGGAAGCAAAGGCUUGUCUGGUGAGAAGGGUAUCGAAGGAUCUUUGGGUGAUCGUGGCUCAAAAGGAAUCCAAGGAGAGAGCGGAAAUCGAGGACCUGCUGGAUUGAAAGGACAACAAGGACAAGAAGGGUUGGGUGGUUCUCUAGGGCAGAAGGGAGAUCCUGGAUCCCCUGGUGAAAAAGGUCAGACAGGUGUGAGAGCUCACUCUGGGUUUGUAGGAACGUAUGGUCCUGGAGGGAACAUGGGAAAAUCUGGUGAAAAAGGCGACAAAGGUCUACGUGGGCUUGUUGGUGAGGCAGGACCAAAUGGGCUGCCAGGUCCAAAUGGUGCUAUUGGGUUACCGGGUUUGCAUGGAAAAAAAGGGUUUGUCGGACAAAGUGGAAAACUUGGACCAAAAGGAGAGCCUGGAGAUAAAGGGAAUCCAGGCAGCCCUGGGAAGAUUGGAUCAAUUGGUGUUUCAGGCCCAAGUGGGAAGAAAGGAGAGCUUGGAACAGGAGGCGAAAUGGGGCCCGUGGGUCAGCCAGGAGCUGUGGGUCAUCGUGGACUAAAGGGAAAACUAGGACCUUCAGGACCUUCAGGGGGAAAAGGAUUCAAGGGUCAACCAGGGCCAAAAGGAAUGAGCGGUUCUCAUGGAAGGAGAGGAAGUAAAGGUGUUGCAGGAAAGCCAGGACCUCAUGGACCAAAAGGGAAACAUGGUAAUCCUGGUCUACCUGGAAAACCAGGAUGCAGUGGUACAGAUGGACUGCUGGGAGUUAUAGGCAAUGAGGGUGACCCAGGUGACAUUGGUUUCCGAGGAUCUACUGGGAGACCAGGUGCUCCAGGUAGUGCUGGGGCCGCAGGAACACCAGGUUUGCAAGGGAAUCAAGGACUACCUGGACCAAAGGGCUCUGUAGGACCCAAAGGAUUACCAGGACCCACCAGGCUAAUAGGACCAAAGGGGAUUCCGGGACUUCAAGGUGAAAAGGGAGAUGUUGGACAAAAAGGACCAAAGGGUCAUGUUGGCAUUAGAGGAUUGCAAGGACCCGUUGGACCACCAGGAGAAAAGGGAAAGCAAGGUGCCCCAGGGUACAAGGGACGACAUGGGCCUAAAGGCGUACAUGGCGACGCUGGUGCUCGUGGGCGUCCUGGUGACAAAGGAUUCCCUGGUUUACCUGGUCCAACUGGAAGGAAGGUGUGUACUGAAGGUGUGAUCGUAAUUUAUACAGCUCUGCUUAUCUUUGCCCUGUACAUGAUCCAGGGUAUGAAAGGAAUUCAGGGAAUAUCAGGACUGAAAGGUGUGAAAGGUCGGAGAGGACCUCCUGGAAAACCAGGUAUUCCUGUUCAGCAGAUACCAGGACAUCGUACUUCACCUCAUGCUCAGAGAAGAGGAUCACAAAAUAAAGCAAGGUCAUUAUCCAGAAAGUCUCGAUUUGACAAGCCUGAAGAUGAGUUUGAGGAAAAUAGCUUCUCGCAAGGCACUAAAGACAACCCAGCAACUACCUGCAGAGAGCUGAGUCUCAUCCAGCCUCACCUCAGAGAUGGGCACUACUAUGUUGAUCCAAACCAUGGAUGUCCAUUUGAUGCUCUCCGUGUGUUCUGCAAUUUCACUGCUGGUGGUCUAACUUGUGUGUCUCCCGUCCGGUCUAAAAUUUCAGGGAUGUGGGCAUCAGAGGACAGAUCUAAAAAGUGGUUUAAUGAGCUGCACAGAGGCUUCAAGUUUAAGUAUAGAGAUCUCGAUGUUGUCCAGCUGCGAUUCCUACGGUUACACAGUACCUCUGCCACACAAAUCAUCAGCCUGACAUGUCCUGAAAAACACAGCCCCACUGCUAAACACCAGGAUACCACCAAGAGGGUGUUACGCUUAUGGGGAGACUCCGAUGAAGAAAUCCAUCCGUCUCAUGUCCUCAUAUCACAACAUGAUUGUGAGGUAAAAGCACAGGGUGGAGGAGAAACCUGGGAAGGAGAUACAAGCAUCGCCCUUGGACAUUUGUGCUUUUUAUAGCGUCUUUCCAAAAAUAAAUUCUGUUCACAGAGCACCUGGGAUGAGUGCAUUGUUUCCAGGACAUACGCUACAGUUCGGCUUUGAAUGCUGUAUAAUAAUGUAACGUAGAUUAUAAUUAGUGAAUUUGUUCUACAGGUUUAUAUUAUUCAUAUUUCUGGUAGACUGAAAGUGGUGCAAAAAGUGUGUGUGUGCGAGUGUGUGAGAGACUUAUGUAGACUUAUGUGUCAGUGGGUUGUGAGUAUUUAUGUACUGAUUUAUUUAUGUAAGAUUGUAAGAAUUUGUUCUGAAGGAAAUGUUCAUAUAUUGAA